AUGCAGUAUGCUUACGGACUGGAGAUGGACGGAGGUGUCAUCAUAUCAGGUGCCGCCGGUUCGAAAAAUGGCUUUACGCUAAUCACAAGACGCUCUGACAUCGCUGCUAUCAGGCAAGAAACCUCCGGUCCUGCUGUGGACGGGCGACGGUUGGUGCUAAUCGAAAACUGGUGCUACCAUGGGAAAUUUCCACCCGGGUGGAUUGAUAUCCCGCACAUAAACCCAGAUACGAUCUCCGGUUUCGUCACCUUUGAAUUCCGUCCGUUUUAUAGCCAUGAAAACUUGUCGUGGGAGGAAAAAUGGGAAACGAAGUUUCCAAGAAUAAUUUGCAUCCACAACGACUGGUCAAGCUUCUGGUGGGAAGGGUUUUCAAACAUCAAUGUCCCUCUAUCUCGAAUUGCCGGGAACCCAACGGCGACACAGUCUACAGCAACAUUGAUUACCUCUCGCUUCGCUUCAUACCCCAGGCCAAACCCAGCUGAGGAGCGUGCUACGCAGACCUCCCCCAAAGCAAGACCCAUCGACGACGGUGCAGCCCUCGGUGACAAUCAAGCCCGCGACGAUACCUUCAGCGACGUUCCUAGUGAUAUCCCUAGUGAGAGGCCUUCCACUCCGAUUGAAAACUCUCUUACAAUGGUCCCCGAUGUUUCAGCAAAGUAUGUUCCUACUAUAGAAGAACUGCUCGAGGAGGCCAGCGACGUCUUCAUCCGCGCAAAACUUUUGGAACUUAAGUACCCUGAAGAUCUCUGGAACUACAGCCCGUAA